AUGGAGUCCAAAAUCUUGGAGAUCAACUUGAUCUCCGCCCAAGGCCUGAAGCCGCCGUCCGCCAAGCUCCGCCAAUUGCAGACCUACGCCGUCGUCUGGAUCCACUCCGCCGCCAAGCUCCGCACCCAGGUCGACCGCGUCGGCGGGGCCAACCCUACCUGGAACGACAAAUUCCUCUUCCGAGUCUCCCCCAAUUUCCUCUCCAACGACACCUCGGGGGUCUCCGUCGAGAUCUACGCCGUCGGCUGCCUCCGCGACUCCCUCGUCGGCACCGUCCGCUUCCUCAUCAGCAACCUCUCCCUCUCCUCUCCCCCGGCGGACACCCCUUCCUUCACCGCCCUCCAGAUCCGCCGCCCUUCGGGGAGGUGCCACGGCGUGCUCAACAUCGGCGCCUCCGCCAUCGACGCCGCCGAUUUCACCGCCUGGAAGGGGGAAUCGGCGAUCGGGUACCGCGAGCUCAUGGGGAACCGGGCCAAGAACCCCCGCCGCAGCCGCGGGUCCAAGGAGGCGGCGGCGGCGCGAGAGGAUCGCGAGAAUUCUUGCUGCGAAACCGGCGAAUUUUCCGACGGGACCGAGUCGACGACCUCUUCGUCUUCCAACGCGUCGACGGCGCUCAAGGACCUGACGAAGCUUCAAGAUUUGGCGAGGAACAGCCACCUGAGGGCGUCCUCCGACGGCGGCGUGCUUUGCGGGUUGCUGAUGCAGCGGAGGAUCCGUCUCUGCCGGUCCGACCCGAAUUUGAGGGACCCGGACUACAGUGGAUCCGAGAAGGAGAACUGA